AUGAACAGUCGAAGUCACGAAAAAGAGUGCUGGGAACCGUUGAACUGCACCAUCGAAACUCGAGAUGAUGACGAUGUUCCUCUAUUCUUUACUCAAGACGAUCCCAGAUCACCCUCUAGGAAGUCGUUCGGAAGACCGGGACGACAUGCGUUGAAGAAGUCCAUCUCAACAAGACGCUUGAAGAAAGUGUUUGGCAUGUUUCAUUUUCCGAUGCACAAACCCACUCACAUGGGCUACCAAGAACACGGAAUGUCAUUUCACGAAGACGGAUCCGACACGAGCGAAAGUUACAUCUAUGAUUUAUCUAUCGAGAAAAGUGAUAGCUGGAUGUCCUUUUCGGAAGACGGAUAUUCUUGCGAUGCAUCGCCGGCACAAUUCAACGCGCUGGAGAUUUCGGAUCUAUCGGACUUAUCGGCAUCAUUGUCGUCAUCGUCGUCGACACCGUCAUCAUCGGAAGAGUUCAGUUUUGACGAUUUGCGAACAUUGUAUUCUAUCUAG